UAUCGUCAAAGCAUGUAAGAUGGCGGUCGUGCAACAACCGACGAUGAACGGAGAUAUUAAUACAAGUUUCACCAUAGGGCCACGGGAGGAAGAUGCUUACACUACUGGAAACCUUCAAGAUGAGAUUGAAAACAUACAAAAAGUUAUUGAAGUCACUCGGCAAAAGUUGGAGGAAAUGAAUGCUGAGUUUGGCCGACAUCAGCAUCCUCCUCCUAUGUAUAUUAAGGAAUAUGAAGAGCUUGCAAACAAAAUCCAUGAAUUACAGACCCGAGAACAGAAGCUCUUAGAACAAAUGAGUAUUGGGCGUGCAACGCCUCCCCCACAACCUUCUCCAGAACCCGCUGGUGCGGCAGCGGAACCCGAGCCACCAGUCAUGUCCCCGGGGCCCCUCACCCCAAACAACAGCUCCACCAACCUAUGGUCCAUGAACACAGGACAGCGGAGUCCUCAGCUCCCACUCCGCUCCCCUGUAGGACACACCAAACACAUCAAGGCAUAUCUACCAGACAACAUGGUGUCAACUGUGAAUGCAACGCCUAGUGUAACAUUACGAGAUGGGUUGAUCAAAUCAAUGCGCAGAAGAGGACUCGAUCCCAACAAAUGCCAAGUCUUUCGUCAUAAAACAAGGAUUCCACUGACAUGGAACACAGACAUGGCUGAGUUGGCCGGACAGGAAGUGACGAUCGAGCUGAUGGAAAGUGAAGAGGAUUUGACCGUUGCCCAGCGAAACACAACACGGGCUGUCAUCCUUUCACACAACUUUGGUCGCAAGACGUUUUUCUCGCUGACUUUCUGUGAUAUGUGCCGCAACCUGUUGUUUCAAGGCAUACGUUGUCAGACAUGUGGCCUCAAGUUUCAUCAGCGAUGUGAGGAGAAGGUGCCGCGUACAUGUCAGGGUGACCUUGAGUACUACUUCCGUGCUCAGCGGGAAGGAUCACGGGAACAAAUGAGACAGAUACUAGUAGAAGAAGAACAGCGUAGUAGAAGCACACGGAGGAACCAGGGUUUGCCAUCUCCCAGAACAGGUCAUCGUAGUCGGGCUCCAGCUCCACAGUUGGGGCAGAGGGAGCGGUCAACAUCAGCUCCCAAUGUCUGUGUUAAUCUAGUCGAUCAUGGAGAGCAGGAUUUCAGUAGAAGACUGGGAGCACUAGGAUCCAGAUCGCAUCAAGAUACUCAAAGCAGCACAGGCCAUGCUGUACCAAUCCGAUAUACCCAGUAUAAAGAUAAACGCCAUGCUAGCGAUAGCAGUGCUCCAUCACAUAAACAUUACUUCUUUGGCCCCGGGCAGAAAGGGGUAGUUGGUCAGCAUUUAAACACUUUGACUCUGCCAGGAGGUCACUCCCAGAGUCCUAGCAAUAGUCCCACGAAGAGUGCUCAGUCCUCCCCAACCAGCACAUCCAAACAUGUGCGCCCAAGAGCUAAGUCAGUGGAGACAGACCCAGGAAAGAGUCGGAGACCAAGAAGAGAUUCCAAUGAGGAUUGGGAGAUUCCUAAUGAUGAAAUUGUUUAUGAUCAACGAAUUGGAUCGGGGUCAUUUGGAACUGUGUACAAAGGUCAUUGGCAUGGUCCUGUAGCUGUGAAGAAGCUGAACGUUACGGAUCCCACACCAGCCCAGUUGCUGGCUUUCAAGAAUGAAGUAGGAGUGCUGAGGAAAACCCGUCAUUAUAAUGUGUUGCUGUUCAUGGGGUGUCUGUCGAAGCCCCACCUGGCCAUCGUGACUCAGUGGUGUGAUGGCCACAGUCUGUACAAGCAUUUACACGUGAAGGAGACGAAGUUCAGGAUGGACCAGCUCAUCAUGAUUGCAAAACAAACAGCACAGGGCAUGGAUUAUCUUCAUGCCAAACACAUCAUCCACAGAGAUCUGAAAACAAACAACAUAUUCUUGACAGAAGUGCUUACAGAGAACAUGACAGUAAAGAUUGGAGACUUCGGACUGGCCACCGUGAAAACACGAUGGAGUGGUUCACAUCAGUUCCAGCAACCAUCUGGCUCAAUCCUCUGGAUGGCUCCUGAGGUAAUACAGAUGAGGGAAUCCAACCCCUACACCUUCCAGUCCGAUGUUUACGCCUUCGGUAUUGUCAUCUUUGAGCUCAUGACACAGGAGUUGCCUUACGCAAACAUCAACAACAAGGAUCAGAUAUUGUUCAUGGUUGGAAAAGGCUACCUACGGCCAGACAUGACAAGAGCAAGGACAGAUACGCCCAAGACCUACAAGCGUCUGGUUCUUGAUUGUGUUUGUUAUGACAGGGAAACAAGGCCCCUGUUCCCUCAAGUGUUAGCCAUUUUGGAGAACUUAUAUUUGUCUAUACCAAAGAUCAAGAGAAGUAAAUCGGAGCCAGCCAUCCACAGAACAGACUCUUUUGACAUGGAAUUUAAAUAUAUGUGUGCAUCACCAAAGACUCCUAUUAAUAGUCAAUUUGGACAUUUCUCAUUUUUUCCCAACUACUGAGUGCUGUGGUGGACGGUGGCGAUGUAGGUGGCCUGAGUCACCUUGUGGCCACCCGAACAGACCUGAUAACCUGCGACAGCGGCAUGUACAGUCAGAUGAUCUCCUCCUUCCAGCGCCCCCUGGUGGCAGUAGGACAAGACCUCGACAGUCACAUGUACGCUGUCGACGGGCUCCCUGCCCGCCUGACCGCCGCCCACUUGCUGGCCUGCUCGCUCGCACAUGCACGGUGGUGGACUGUAUCUACCAUGUCUUUCUCAUUACUGCAGUAGCCUCAUUCCAGGUGCUUGCUGUCCCAUCAGAAAGAGGCCGACCCAGGUCGCGCUAAGUCCGACUUAGGGGCUGGUUCAGAUUUAUAUUCAAUUGCAGACCUAUGAAUCUGUGAGAUGAAAUAUGUUGUCAAUCGUCACGAUUGAACUGUUGUUGGCCGAUAUUUAUGAUGUUGCUUUGUGAUUGGCUCCUGAGUUUGAAUAAUGUGUUCAAAAUGCUUUUCAAGUGCUAACUGAAGGGAUAUUGCUGGUGUCUGCUACGACGAAGAAAGGAAGAGGAUUUGUUGAUGGAUGUUGGCAUCGACCAGAGAGUGUGGAGUAUGAUAGUAUGUGAUAUCUGCUCGGGAGAGUGACAUGUGAUGGACAAAGUGGAAGCAACUCGGAAGCGAUUACGAUGACGACAACGGUCACCACAACUGACUGUCUUCUUUCUGAUCAACAGUCCAUCUGUGCUCUGCCAAAUUAUUUAUGGUUGUACGUGUACAUUAUGUAAAUACUUCUCCCUUAUGUACAUAUGUGACUUUCCACAUACUGAAUGGGUGGG